GGAGAGAGAGAGAGAGAGAGAGAGGGAGAGAGAGAGAGAGAGAGAGGGAGAGAGAGAGAGUUGCUCAACAACACAGACCAAUGUAAGUUGAGGAAACGGACCCUGAAGCCCUGAAGCUGCAGGUCGUCGUUGACUCCUCUGCAGGGUCAGCCGGCGCUGAUGCCACCAUGGAGGCCCAGAACAACAACCAGCCCACGUUAGACAACCUGAACAACCUUUACAAGAUCGCUGCUCAGGACGACCAGAAGAACACGUCCGGCCGAAGGUUCUGCUUCUCCAUGGCCAACUUUCAGAUCGAGAAGAAGAUCGGUCGGGGUCAGUUCAGCGAGGUUUAUAAAGCCACGUACCUGCUGGACGGACAGCUGGUGGCUCUGAAGAAAGUCCAGAUCUUUGAGAUGAUGGAUGCUAAGGCUCGCCAGGACUGCGUCAAAGAGAUCGACCUGCUCAAGCAGCUCAAUCAUCCCAAUAUCAUCAAAUACCUCGACUCUUUCAUUGAAGACAAUGAGCUCAACAUCGUCCUGGAGCUGGCUGACGCCGGAGACCUCUCACAGAUGAUCAAGUACUUUAAGAAGAAGCGGCGGCUCAUUCCUGAGAGAACCAUCUGGAAAUAUUUUGUGCAGCUCUGCAGCGCUCUGGAGCACAUGCACUCUCGCCGAGUCAUGCACCGAGACAUCAAACCAGCCAACGUGUUCAUCACGGCGACGGGGGAGGUGAAGCUGGGCGACCUCGGGUUAGGACGGUUCUUCAGCUCAAAAACAACGGCAGCUCACUCCUUAGUGGGAACUCCCUACUACAUGUCUCCAGAGAGGAUCCAUGAGAAUGGAUACAACUUCAAAUCAGACAUCUGGUCUCUGGGAUGUCUGCUGUACGAGAUGGCGGCGCUGCAGAGUCCGUUUUAUGGGGACAAGAUGAACCUGCUGUCUCUGUGUCAGAAGAUCGAGCAGUGUGAUUAUCCUCCUCUCCCCCCGGACCAUUACUCUGAGAAGCUGAGGGACCUAGUGAGCAUGUGCAUCAGCCCUGACCCAGACCAGCGCCCGGACAUCGUCUUUGUGCUGCAGAUCGCCAAACAGAUGCACAUGUGGACGUCGAGCACCUGAGAGCAGCUCGCCGUGAGGAUAUCAAACACCUGGAGCCGAUCUGCCCGGUCUCACCUGGACAGGUGGAAACCACGGACAGACUUAGACAGAGAUGACGUCACAUCCCAACACUUGUCCUUCAGUGUGAGGGAGGAUGUGAGGAGGGGUCUAAUGUGUUAGGGGGCGGAGUUUAAGAAGCCUCAUGUGGGAGGAGACGAGGGUCAGCUGACCUUAAUGUUAAACUCCACAGAGGUUCAUUCCAUGUUUAAAGCCUGUUAGUGUCUGAUGCAGAGCUGUACUCUGGCAUCUUCUACUGUCUAUCCUUAUAUCAUCUCUUUUUCAUUCUGUCAGAGAAAAUGCAGCAUUUAGAGGCUUCAGAGAAGAACGGAGCAGGUUGACCCUGAUCCUGGUCUAGGAUUUUAAUAUGUUUACAUUUAGAAACACAGAACAUGAUCCCUAAAACCAGAUCAAACCAGGAUUCUGUGAUCUGCGUAAAUCACUCAUUAAUAACAGUUUUAAAUCUGAUCAAGCAGCUUUUCUACCCGCCAGCCUGAAUGAGGACACCAGCCACUAAAGCAAACAUCAUCACUUUAUUAUAAUAUUUUUAAUUCUGUUUCCAUCCACUAGAGGGCAGCGUACCCUGCUGCAAACAUCAUCACUUUAUUAUAAUAUUUUUAAUUCUGUUUCCAUCCACUAGAGGGCAGCGUACCCUGCUGCAAACAUCAUCACUUUAUUAUAAUAUUUUUAAUUCUGUUUCCAUCCACUAGGGGGCAGCGUACCCUGCUGCAAACAUCAUCACUUUAUUAUAAUAUUUUUAAUUCUGUUUCCAUCCACUAGGGGGCAGCGUACCCCGCUGCAAACAUCAUCACUUUAUUAUAAUAUUUUUAAUUCUGUUUCCAUCCACUAGGGGGCAGCGUACCCUGCUGCAAACAUCAUCACUUUAUUAUAAUAUUUUUAAUUCUGUUUCCAUCCACUAGGGGGCAGCGUACCCCACUGCAAACAUCAUCACUUUAUUACAUUUUUAAUUCUGUUUCCAUCCACUAGGGGGCAGCGUACCCUGCUGCAAACAUCAUCACUUUAUUAUAAUAUUUUUAAUUCUGUUUCCAUCCACUAGGGGGCAGCGUACCCCACUGCAAACAUCAUCACUUUAUUACAUUUUUAAUUCUGUUUCCAUCCACUAGGGGGCAGCGUACCCUGCUGCAAACAUCAAAACUUUAUUAUAAUAUUUUUAAUUCUGUUUCCAUCCACUAGGGGGCAGCGUACCCUGCUGCAAACAUCAUCACUUUAUUAUAAUAUUUUUAAUUCUGUUUCCAUCCACUAGGGGGCAGCGUACCCCGCUGCAAACAUCAUCACUUUAUUAUAAUAUUUUUAAUUCUGUUUCCAUCCACUAG